UGAAUUAUUAAGAAUUAUAAGAAUACUAUGUAAAGAAAUUGUUUUGGCAAUAGUUUAUUUAUUUGGAAGAAUAGGUUAUGUUUCUAAAGUAUUAAAAUAAUCGAAAAUGUUUUUAAGAAAAUUUGCGAGAUGCAAUGCUUAUAGAUUAUUAGUAUCGGAACACAGCUGUUACAAGCUCCAGCACUUUAAAUCUCUAUGCGGAACAAAUAAUAAAUUACUCAAUGAAUAUUUUAGUAAUUUAAAUAGAAAUGCUGAGUUACCUGCAUCAUAUUCUGUUAGACAUUAUUCAAAGAAAUUAAUAGAAGACAUCUUUAAAGAUUCAAAUAAAGAAAUAGAGCUGAGUAAAAUCAAUGAAAUAUUUAAACAGCCACGGGUAACACUCAACGAAUUGCUAUCAAAAACUCCACAAAAGAUAUUCGACAUACAUUAUAAGCAACCAGUAGUCGCUCCGAAGGGUGGAAAGAAAAAGAAUAUUCAGAGUGAUUGGACUUGUACAUACAGUUUUAUAUGGCCAGAGAAAAUGAAAUUUGAAAGUACUGCUAUAUCAAAGAGGAAAGCAGCUGAAAAGGCUGCAACACAAGCGGUGCAUUGGCUGUAUAAAAACAAACGAAUUGACGACAGAGGAUGUCCCAUUUAUGAUAAAACUGUGAUAAAAGAAAUACAAAGCACAUUGAACAAAGAUUUACAUAUAACUAUAAGUGAUAAUUCUAUAGAAAGAAUUAACAAGAUAUGGAAUGAUUAUGAAACUGAAAUAAAAAGUAUAUAUGAAGCGACAUUCAAUGAAGCACAACGAAAAUUAUUAAAUAUGGCAUCUGUUUUCAAGAAAGAUUCAACAAUAGAUGAUCAAGAUUGUUCGGAAGAAAUAAUGGAAAAUGAAGACGAUAAAUUCGACAGUCUAACGGAUUUAAAACCCCCGAUCCAUCCGGUAUUCGGCAAGCAAAUAGAGUAUAUACAGUCAGCGAUGGAGAGACGCGAGCGAACACUCAAACAGACAUUCAUAAAUUACGAUGAGAAAUUAACGCAACUACCGAUAGAUGCAUACGCAGAAGAAAUAUCAUCAACGAUAGAAAAGUCCCGUGUAACAGUGAUCGUUGGGGCCGCGGGAUGCGGGAAGUCGACUCGUGCGCCCGCAGCGAUUCUACGUCACUGCGGCGUCGAUACUGCCGCUAUCGUAUCGGAACCGCGUCGUGUUGCUGCUAUUGGUUUAGCCCAGAGGGUUGCCGAUGAACUUGGAGAACAAGUCGGUGAAUCCAUCGGGUACCAAGUGCGACUCCAUUCCAAGUUACCGAGGCCUCCGGGUGGGGCGAUACUUUAUUGUACGUCUGGAGUCUUAUUACGGAGGUUACAACUAAAUCCAGGUCUAGAAGGAUGCUCACACGUCUUCAUCGACGAAGCCCAUGAGAGAGAUGUGAAUACAGACGUUACUCUUCUACUGUUGAAGCGAGCGUUGAAAAUUAAUCCAAAAUUGAAGAUUAUUGUCAUGAGCGCUACUUUGGACACUGCUGUUUUCACUAAUUAUUUCAACGAUUGUCCUAUUAUAGAAGUGCCAGGGAAAACGUAUCCAGUGGAAAUAUCGAACUUGGAAGAUAUACAAAAGAAAUUUAAUUUAAAUCUCUCCUGGACCCAGGAGAAUUGUACGAAACCCGAUGGAAAACCGCAAAUCGAUUGUGUAGAGAUAGUCGAUGUAAUUAAUGCGGUUGAUAAAACUCAGUCAGAAGGUGCUAUUCUAGUAUUUCUACCUGGAUGGGCGGAAAUAAAACAGACGAAACAAUUGUUAGAUAAUUUAUAUAGGAACUCCCCGUUACACAUGGUGUUGCCAGUGCAUUCUAGAUUAUCGACAUCGGACCAAACGAAAAUGUUCGCGAAACCAUCCCCCGGUGUUCGUAAAAUCGUACUGGCGACGAAUAUUGCUGAAACGUCAAUCACUAUACCGGACGUCGUCCACGUCAUAGACAGCGGCGCUCAUAAGGAGAACCGAAUCAAGGAAGGCACAGGCGCGGCGAGCCUGGAGGCGGUGUGGGUGUCGCGCGCGGGCGCGGCGCAGCGCGCGGGCCGCGCGGGCCGCGUGCGCGCGGGACAUUGCUACAGAAUGUACACGAAGGACAAGGAAGAAGAACUCAUUCCGCACACGACUCCUGAGAUUCUAAGGAUACCGUUAGAACAAACAGUACUGGAUUGUAAAUCUUACGCCCAAGACGAUAAAGUUGAGAAUUUCCUGUCUCAACUGCCGGAGCCGCCGAGCAAGCAAGCUAUACAGUUCGCCGUCAACGAUCUCAUAGAACUUGGUGCAUUAACAGAAUCGGAACAGAUGACGCGCUUAGGCGUCCUGUUAUCCAGCAUGACGGUGCACCCGCGCCUCGGCCGCUGCGUGCUCAACGGCGCCAUCGUCGGCGGAGUCGUUCCCGCCGCCAAUAUAGCGACGCAUUGCUCCGAUAACGUCGAUCUGUUUAGAAAUUCGCCGGAGAGACGAGAAGAGAUACGCAAUAUUAAACGCACAUUUAGUCAGACGUCGGAUCACGCAGCAGUGCACUGGAUACAAGAUGAAUUCGAGCAGAUGUCGGAGGAGAAAGAUUGGGAGGCUGUGGAUCGUUGGUGUGAGAAAUAUGGACUGCGGAAGGACAGACUUAAUUACGUUAAAUCGAUAUCAAACCUUCACUUAGAACAUUUAUUCAAAACUGGAAUAGUCGAGCGAACGAUGGAGGUCUCGGAGCUAAAUCGUUUUUCCGAUAUAGACGAACUCACAUCCGCCAUUUUGCUAUCCGGUUCGAACUCCCUAUUGGUUACAAGGAAACACGUCAAAACGAAGGGGAAGUUGAUGACCGGUGUCGGUGUUUUUACAAGUAAAGGCGAAAGGGCUCACAUAGGCAGCGAAAGUGUUAACUACGGUAUAAAAAAGAGCAAACUCAAUACCCAACUUCUAACCUACUUUGGUGGUUACCAUUCAAUAGAAAGACGUGCUUUAGUCGUUUAUAGAACGUCUUUGAUAUCACCUCAUGCGGUCUUGCUGUUUUCUACGGGUGAUAUAAAGCAGGAAAUUUUGGAAGGAAGCGAUGGUGAAACAACUGAGUUAUAUCACACGAAACACAAGCUCGCAGUUCAAAUGCCUACUGGUCAAGCAGAGUUAAUACUGAAAGCAAGGGAAAUGUUGCGAACCACACUCCAAUACUACAUAGAGAGGGACGUCAGGAACAUUGAAUUUGACGAUAUUACUCUCACGUCUAGAUUCAAGACUAGACUCGUCAAAACAUUGGGCAGAAUACUAGUUGAAGCUGACAAGGAGCACGUACAAACGUCCGAUGAUAUUAGAUAAA